GAUGCUGUUGUCCGACCGGCUAUCCGACCGGCGUCAUUCCAUAUCCGAUCGGCAUGUCCGAUCGGCGAACCUCUUGGCAUCGGCAUCCAACUCCACAGAGUUCAAGUCCGAUAUGAGCCCGAAACAACGAGCCAAAUCCAAUAGCUAGACUCAAGAGUUUCUAUGCAGGCUGUUCACGUUACUCAACCCCGCGAAUGUCGCUACAUCUGGCUUGUUCGUUCCCCGUCUUUUAGGGCAGCAAAAUCUGGGGUCCCCACAUUCCGAGUGGCCGACUCGGUGAAAACGGCCGGACUCCCCUGUAAGAUCUAGUAGCAUUUAUGAACAAGGAGGAUAACUAUAUAAUAACCCACCAACGCCAUUGCCUGAACUUGAUCGAGCCACAGACUACCUUUCUACGUUGAACUAAUUUCUUCACCCCAUAUUCACUACCUUCCUCUCCCUUAAGAUGAGUACGGAGAAGUCACACGCAGCCUUGCCCAAAGCCCAGAAUGAGGACGGUGUCUCAUUCCACGCUGAGAUGGUGUCGAAAAAUGAUGCUCACAAUACGAAAUUGACGGAGAGCCCUUUCGGUCACCAUGAGAGCCCAGAUUGGAGGACUGCUGAGAAGCGAAUUGUUCGCAAGCUGGACAUGACACUUUUGCCUAUCGUCUGGGUUCUCUACAUGUUCAACUACUUGGACAGAAACAACAUUGCGCAAGCACGUCUCGACAAACUCGAAGAGGACACUGGACUCGUCGGCAAUGAGUUCAAUGUUGCGGUCUCGAUCCUAAACGUGGGCUACAUGCUUGCACAGCUACCCUCGAAUAUGAUCUUGACUAGAGUCCGACCAAGCAUUUACCUACCGGCCUGCGUCGUGGUCUGGUCGUGCGUGUCGGCAGCUACUGCUGGCGUUACGAGUUUCUCUGGCCUUAUUGCAGUGUGCUUCUUUCUGGGGAUAGUUGAGGCGCCCUUCUUCCCUGGGGCCUUCUUUAUGCUCUCUGCUUGGUAUACUCGAAAGGAACUCGCGCUCCGCACAGCAGUCUUAUACUCAGGUCUUGUUCUGGCCAGGGCUGCCGUCAGAUCAGAUUAA